AUGACAUCACUCAAGAAGAAGAGUAGGAGGAAGCCUUCUUCCCAGGCCCUGGGGAAUAUUGUUGGCUGCAGAAUUUCUCACGGGUGGAAGGAAGGUAAUGAGCCUGUCACCCAUUGGAAGGCCAUCAUUCUAGGUCAACUGCCAACAAACCCUUCUCUUUAUUUGGUGAAGUAUGACGGAAUUGACAGUGUCUACGGACAGGAGCUCCACAGCGAUGAGAGGAUUUUAAAUCUUAAGGUCUUGCCUCACAAAGUAGUUUUUCUUCAGGUGAGGGAUGUCCACCUCGCCAGCGCCCUGGUUUGCAGAGAGGUACAACACAAAUUUGAGGGGAAAGAUGGCUCUGAGGACAACUGGAGUGGGAUGGUGCUAGCCCAGGUGCCAUUCUUACAGGACUAUUUUUACAUUUCCUACAAGAAGGAUCCGGUCCUCUACGUCUAUCAGCUCCUGGAUGACUACAAGGAAGGUAACCUCCACAUCAUUCCAGAGACCCCUCUGGCUGAGGCGAGAUCAGGUGAUGACAAUGACUUCUUAAUAGGUUCCUGGGUGCAGUACACCAGAGAUGAUGGAUCCAAAAAGUUCGGAAAGGUUGUUUACAAAGUUCUAGCCAAUUCUACUGUGUACUUUAUCAAAUUUCUCGGUGACCUACAUAUCUAUGUCUAUACUCUGGUGUCAAAUAUCACUUAA